AUGGCACCUCGACGCGGCGGUGGAGGCUUUUCCUCGAGCUACUAUGGUGACGAUAAUCCCUGGAGCGAAACAAUCUGGUUGUCACUGGAAAACCUCCCGGACAAGGAUUACUUUCUCGCCCAAUUUGCCUUUGAUAUCCUCUCUCUGAUCGCAUUCAUCAUCUUCCUCAUCUGGACAUGUACAAUCAGGAAUCGCAGUCUCCCGCUGAAGGGAAUCAUUUGCGCCCUGACUUGCUUUAUAUGCUCCCAAAUAAACAUCAUAGUCACGGAUUCCCUGUAUAUCGCCGAGGAGGAGGUGAAGAUGUACUAUGUGAUCGACUAUAUGCUCCAGGGCUUCUUCUUGGUGAUGGGAAACUGUAUCACUUUCUACGUCUUCUGGAGCCUCAUCCAUCGCUUCCUGGGCCUUCUUACAUCUUCCAGCAAGCCGCACGUGGCAGUGACAAUCAUCCAUUAUCUCCUCUUUGCUCUUAUUUUCGUGGUCUCUCUUGCUCAAACCGCCUUGUAUAUCGCCUAUUGGGUGGGAAUCGUGACUGACAAUUACGACCUUCUGAUGCUGCACUAUUCAGAGCUGACUGCUGCCAUUCACAUCAUUUACUGGCUGCUGUCCAUGGAGGUGAUCGGUUGGACGAUCUUCGUGAUCAAGAAGGCUGGUAGCCAUCAUUUCGUGUCAAAGAUGCCCGCUAGCGCACUCGUCAACGCCGCCUUUUGCUGGUUCGCGGGGUGUCUCACCUGGGCCGUCAUAUACAUUCACUACAGCCUAAUGUCUGCCAGUUAUUACCCGAUAUAUCUGAACCUCGUCACUUCCAUCAUCCAGUUCAUCUUCUGGGUCGGCACUUACACAGGUAUUCUCUUGUGCUGUGCGAAAUGGCACAGGCUCGGAGACGAGCAGAGCUAUGCUGCGCCUCAGUACGAGGCGCAAUAUCCUCCCGCUCAUAUCCCGCAACAGAAUAUGACUCAUGUCCCUGAGGGACAAUAUCCGUCGGUUCAACAGCAGCCAUAUGGAUCUGCUCCUUACCAGGAUUAUUCGGCACAGCCUCACACUUACUCGCACCAAAUCUCGCCUCAUUAA